AUGGUGGUGCAACGAAGACCCAGUCGCAUGAGCACAGAACGGUUGGCUCUCCUGGAGGACUUUUGGAAAAGUCUGCUGGAGCAAGAUGAUGAAUACAUCAAAGAACGUAAGCGUGACAUCAAGAAAAAGACCGGGAGCAAGGUUUUUAGUUUCGUCGACCUUCAGAAGUGCGACGCAAUUUCUGAAGCGCAGGUUGAACGAGAAGAGAACUACCAGUUCCUCUUGAAGUACUUGAGUACCUUCGCUGGGGACUUGCCAACGAAGUAUGAGGUGGAGGAGUCCUUGGUGAAGAUCUGUAACGAGGUUCAUUUGAACCCGCACUUUACCAACAAGUCCCAGCACGAGGCUUGGGCACGCAACGAGGCACAGAUGGUUCGCCAAAUGGCCUCGCAUGUCACCAACUUGUACCAAAGGACUGGGCAUGACAAAAUGCGUGCCCUCAAGACGAUCGUGCACAUGAGGUUGCAGGUGAAAAGGCGAUGCACAAAAAAGGCAAGAAAGAUCGAGACAAAGGAUGAUGCACCUGACCAGCCAAAUGCACCCAACCAGCAAUUGGGAGCACCCGCUGACCUCGCCCAGACGGUUCCAAUGACUGAGUCCCAAGUGGAGGCGGCCAUGGAGAGCUUGCCCGAUUCCCAGCAAGCUUGCGGGGAUUCCGUGGAUUUGGGCCAGGGGGACCCGACUGGAGACCAAGAAGAUGAACAGGGGGAAGAGGAAAGCCUGACAGAUGAUGAAAUAGUAACUCCCAUCAUUUGCCAUGACGAAGCUGCAUAUGAUUUGGUGAAAGAUGAUUCUGUUGAUGCGCACUACAUGGAUUCACAAUCACAUGGAAAUGAUGCACCCCCGGCGAUCCCAAAAGAUGAUCCCAAGAACAUCCCAAAGGAUGUGAAGGCUCCUUCAGAGAAUGAACCUGCAGCCCCUGCAGCCCCUGCGGCAUCUGAACCUGUGCCCUCUCCCGGUGUUGAAGAAGUCUUGGGAUCUGAAGACGAAGGUUUAAAGACAAAAGACAAAUCAAAGGGUAAGACUGAAGAGAAGACUACCUACCAAAAAGGCACUUUCCAGGACCACAAGCCGAUCUGCCCAUUACCCGACGCUGCGGGUGAAGACGAUUCGUUGCAAGCCCAGAUUGAAACAUCAGUGGCAAAGUUGACUGAAGCGAUGAAAGGAAGGGAUGUGCAGAAGAAUUUACUGAAGGCACAAGCGAUUCUUCGGAAGUCCAUUCGUGAAGCGAAGCUAGAGGAAGAGGCUGAGGAGGAUAUCGACAGACAGUACAAGGAUGAAGGUGAUAGUGAUUCAGGCAACGAAGGAAAACCACCUAAGAAGACCAAAGGUAAAGGAAGGGGGCGGGGCAGAGGUGGAAAACAUAAAGUGCCCAAUCCCGACAACACUGAGCCAGUGAGCAAGAAAGCUCGCACAGACAAAGGUGGCAUGCCUAGCCAUUCCCUACCAAAGACACUAGACGUUGCAGCUGAGGUGGCAGCAGAAAUUGCUGAACAAAACGUCGCAGACGCAAGGCAAGACAAAGGUGAUGUCCCUGGUGAGGCUGACCAACCUGAGCAGUCUAAGGAUGCAAAACCUAAGUGUUCAGCAGCAAAGACAAAAGCAAAGCACACAAGGAAACGCACAAAGAAGGAGGCAGAGCCAGAAGAUGCCAAAGAGAAGGACAAGACAGACCCAGAAGAGAACAAAGAAGGACCAGAAGCAGCACAGCCGAAGACACCACCACCUGCAGGGGAGGCGCAGACACCCAAGAAGAAAACACCAACAAAGACACCUAAGAAGACACCCAAGAUGACUCCAAGGGCUGCAAGAAAGAAGAGAAACCAGGAGGCCAACGUGCAAGAGCUCCGUGACAAGGGGCCCCGCCUGCCAUACUUCAAUUUGCCAGAUGAUGUGGCCACGAAAAAGUUGGACCGGGGCGCCGGGAACUUUUACAUCAACAAGGUCGAUAAGCAACACAUUGCGCUCUUGAACAUGCAGCACGAUGAGACUCUGAAGGACAUUGCAGCCAUCGAUAUUUUCAGUGGACAAGCAUCGGUAUCGCAUGCCUAUCGUCAGGAAACCGAGUUUACCCAAGCGAUUGGAAUCAGUUAUGUAGGCAUUUUUCUUUGCAAGUUUCAUCUCGGGCACAUUGGUCAUGCAUGCAUGUCGGUGUCUGCAGCGUUCGGCGUUCGUCUCCCAGGUGACAAGGAUUUCAAGGCGUCGUUUCCUCAGGUCAACAACGUGAUGUGGCAAGGGUUUUUGCGCUUGGUGCAAAUGGCACUUCGGGUGGUGGAGGACGGGGUGGCCCACGGAGGGCCACCGUGCUCGUCUUUCAUUUGGUUGAACCGUGGGACGAGCAAACGAUCGGCAGCACGUCCCAUGGGAGACCAACUGGAGCCCACAGAUCAUGGCUCGUUGGGCCUUGAUUUGCAUUCUUUGUAUUGCAAGGUGCCAUUUCUUCCCGGACUGUACAAAAAGAUGACCAAGAAGAAGCAAGCCCAAUUGCGCAAAUUGGCAUCUGGAAAAAUGGUGAUUCGCUACCGUGAUAGUAAGGGACGAAGCCGAGUGUCCCAGCCCAAGUUUCCCAUGCUGGCGAUCUUCGACGUAACCUUUAUGGAGAUGAUCUGGCCACGUUUGAUCUUGUCCACGGGGCUCUAUUUGCGUCAGAAGCUUGACAGACUGCGCGACCUGCAGGCCAAGUCACUGCAGUGGUGGUCAGCAGCAAAGCUGGGAGAUGUACAAAGCUUCCUCAGGCGAAGCUGGCAUCACAACAUCCUCAGCCGGAAGGCAGGCCCACAGAAGAAACGUCAGACCGCAGCAAAAGCACCUGCAGCAGCAGAGAGUCCAACCAGUGAGGCUUCAACUGUUCCAGGAACAGAUGAACAAGCCAGAGCCAUGGCAAUCCAGAAGUACCAGCAAGCACAAAGAGAAGAAUCUGCAAGGCAGCUCCAAGAGCAACAGCAAAAAGAAGCACAGCCGAAAAGGUUGCCAGCCACACCCUGCCUGCGUCGAGUGAUGUCAAUGUCAAUUUUGCAGCAGCCUGCAUCAGGGACACAAUCACCAAACGAACCCAUGGACACCAGAACAAAUGACAACAACAACUCGCAGGCAGCACAGGCAAAGAGUGCAAGCACCACCAAGCAACAGAAGAAGAUCCAGAAGAAAAACAAACAACAGAAGAAGAAGAAGAAUGCUUGCAAGAAAGGAAACGGAAACACACCACAACAGCAGCUGACAGUGCAAGCACCACCAGCAAACACGCCCGAACAACAGGCCAACAAAUCUCUUGACCCACAUGACCAAGGACAAAAACAAGUUCAGCCUGAGCAGACUGUUAAACAGCAAGAACCUACCACAGUCGCACCAGACCCUCCACUAGCACCACCCUCCCCUGCACAGAGUGAGCAAGCCAAAGCACACUCUCAGGCACAAGCAACUGCAGUCAAGGCCAUGCUGAACAGAGCCCAGACCGCCGACCUGGGUCAUUCAGCCCCGCCUGCACCCUCAGCUCCAGCCCUGCCUGCCCCAGCGACGCCGAGCAGCACGGCCACACCCAUGCCCACCAGUGAUCUAGCCAAAGAUCCGUUGAUGAAGAAGAAGAAGGGGACAGUUGUCCGUAACAAAGAUGCCCACAAUCGACGGAUGAGAUUUUACCGAUCGUUGGAGAGCUCAUCAAGCCCCGAUGAAAUCCAGGACAUGGCCGAGAAUGCCCGCACAGGAGGAAAUAAGAGGCAAAAAUUGGCAGUGCUUUUUGAGGAGUGGGUAAAUUGUAGCGAGGACUGGCAACAAAGCAGCUUCGUCAUUCGCAUGAAGCAGCGGACGACGGAGCGGCAGAAGGGUGGACGCAGAUGGAUGACAAAAGCUGACAUAGUCAGUAAGUAUGCGCCUGGACGGACUGAGUCAGAAGCUAAGUCCAUAGCAGAGGAAAUCGUUGCACAUAAAGAGCAAACACCGGAUGCAAAGCGUCCACAUCCAGACGCGCCUCUCAACAGUGAGAUGACCUUGUACCUAGUCUGGGAUGAACAGUUCGAGUCGACGGAGCAUGACUCAGUUGUGGAACAGUUGUUCCGCCAGAAAGAUUCGUCUGCCAAAAAGGCUUCGAAAGGCAAAG